AUGGGGGAUCCGGCCCAAUUCCACGAGCUCGAGCGUGCCGCUUGCAGUGUGAUUCACAACGUGAAGCAAAUUCAAGAGCUUAGACACACAAGGCUCUCCGUUACUGGUGGGCUGGCGCUAUGGCACUACCUUCCUGGAUACCGUUCGACAGAUAACAUUAAUUUCAUAAUUAAUAUCUCGACCUCGCCGGGUUCGCUGAAGAAGCGUCUAUUGGAGCUUCCGGGCUCGCCUUUUCUCCAACGCGCGCAGGUGCUCUUCUACAUCAGCCCUCGUGGCCGGGAAAUCCAAGUCGAUAUAAGUCCAGAAUGGCUCUCUCCUUACCUUCCAGAGUCCGCUAUGAAGGUUCAAGAUAUAUCACCAAACGAGAUCCCAUACAUCUCUCUCACCGAUCUCAUCGUCUUUAAGCUUGACUCAAGCGGGCUUCGAUCCAACCCCGUGAAGAAAGAGCGGGACGCACGCGAUGCCGUAGCCUUGGUUGAACUCGCAGUAAGCGAGGGUUCCAUACACCUCUCUAAAAAACAGGAGCAAAUCGUUGAAGAGGCGCUCUGCGACUUCGGGAAGUGCGGAACGAAGGAGACGAACUGGUGGGAGAAACGGAUGGGCUUAGCAAACAGACAGACGCCGGAGCCCAACCAUGGAAACCAAAAUGGCGACCGGCGCAGGUCAGCUAGGCCUCAUUCCAAGUCGGAUCCUUCACCGUCCAGUUGCCGAGUGAGUAGCGAUGCCAAUAAGGCUUGGCAUUACGAGCGACUGGAUCGUGCGCAUAUUCGCCGCUUCAACUCGCUGCACAGCAGCCGCAGCACGAGUGAACUAGGAUUGGUGCGUUCAACUUCGGCUUCACAACGCCGAAUCAGGGACACGGGGGUCCCGUCCACUAUGACCCAGCCAAAAACCACGCUUGCGAAUUACCAACAGACCGCUAAGCGUUCCGGGAUAAGCAACCAAGUCACCGUCGACUCGAGGUAUGACGCCAGCCAGGAUGACCAGUACUACACUCUCGAGCCGCGCGGAAGCUCGUCCGAGAGGCCCGCUCAAGAAGGAUACUUCGAUCUCACGCCCCCCGGGGGUCUCGGAACUGUCACCGAACACACGACCGCAGGGUCGCGAAGGUCCUCCAAGGCAGGGUAUUUCGACCUCACCCCGGGUGUCACUCCCAGUACUGUGGCAGAGCCCAGACGACCCCCGGGACUAGCCAAAAGUGUCACCUUUCUCCUAUAA